UGCCCCUCUCGCACAGCGUUUCCCCUGUUAGCACACCCAGAAGGCAUCCUGUGGUGCAGUGGUGACAUUAACCCAGGGGAGGUGUCCGGGUUUCUGUUCUGAAGCUGUCAGUCCCCUCGCUCCAGCCUCCGCUCCGCAUCCCUCACUUCCCCACGCAGCUGCGAGGGGCAUUAUGUGUGCAAGAGGAGUCGGGGCUGCCUGCCCAGCGCGCUGCUCGCAUCGCUGGGACCACUGCACGCACAGCCACGGCCCCCAGGAUGCUGCACCUCAAAGUCCAGUUUCUGGAUGACUCCCAGAAGAUCUUUGUGGUUGAUCAAAAGGCCUGCGGGAAAGGGCUGUUCAACCUCACCUGCAGCCACCUCAACCUCACGGAGAAGGAGUACUUUGGGCUGGAGUUCCGCAGCCAGGCUGGGAACCAGGUCUGGUUGGAAGCACUGAAGCCCAUAACAAAGCAGGUCAAAAAUCCUAAGGAGGUUCUUUUCAAAUUUAUGGUGAAAUUUUUCCCAGUGGACCCCGGCCACCUGAGAGAAGAGCUCACCAGGUACCUCUUCACCCUCCAGAUCAAGAAGGACCUGGCACAGGGGAGGCUGCCCUGCAGCGACAAGAGCGCGGCGCUGCUCGUGUCCCAUCUGCUGCAGUCCGAGCUGGGUGACUUCCAUGAGGAGACGGACCAGGAGCAUCUGGCAUCCCACAGGUACCUGCCCAACCAGGAGUACCUGGACCACAAAAUCAUGCACUACCACCGGAGACACAGCGGGAAGACGCCGGCCGAGUCGGAGGCUCAGCUGCUGGACGUGGCCAGGAAGCUGGAGAUGUACGGGAUCCGCCCGCACCCUGCCAGCGAUGGCGAGGGGCUGCAGAUCAACCUGGCCGUGACACACAUGGGGGUGCUGGUCCUGCGGGGCAACACAAAGAUCAACACCUUCAACUGGUCCAAAAUCCGCAAGCUGAGCUUCAAGAGGAAGCACUUCCUGAUCAAGCUCCACGCCAACAUCGCAGCGCUGCGCAAGGACACGCUGGAGUUCACGAUGGCGAGCCGCGAUGCCUGCAAGGCGUUCUGGAAGACGUGUGUGGAGUACCAUGCCUUCUUCAGGCUGUCUGAGGAGCCCAAGUCAAAGCCCAAAGCCCUUCUGUGCAGCAAGGGCUCCAGCUUCCGCUACAGCGGGAGGACGCAGCGGCAGCUCCUGGAGCACGGGAGGAGGGCAAAGAAGAGCCUGCCCUUCGAGAGGAAGCACUACGCAUCCCGCUACGACGAGAGGCAGUGCCGCUCCUCCCCGGACCUCCUCACCGACGUCUCCAAGCAGGUGGAGGAGCUGCGCCUGGCCUACGGCAGCCGGGGUUCCUACCACGCCAAUGGGGCGCACGCCUCGGAGCCCACGCUGGACACCCAGCGCCGCAGCUCCGCCGUGGAGGUGACGUUUGCCGCCGAGCUGGAGCGCUCCAAGCCCGAGGCGCCCGCAUCCUUCCUGCCCCACUCCAAGAGCUCGUCCGCCUUCCCCCUGCUCUACGCGGAGCUGGAGCUGGAGCGGGCACGGGAGCCCCCCGACCCCUUCGGUGCCAGGACCCCCCUGACGUCCUUUCGGCCCCAGCAGCAGUUCGCUGGGAACAACAAGAGCACCUCGGUGGGCAACAUGCGGGAGGUGAGCGCCCGGCCGCUGGUGUACCUGGAUGUGCCGUGCCCACCGCCCACGGCCGCCCCGGCCCCGCAGGUCCUCUUCUACAUGGACGUGGCCCCACAGCCCCCAUGGCAUGUGCUGGCACCCAGUGAGGACGCAGCGAAGCCCCCCAGGCAAAGCCCGAUGGGGCCGCGGGGCAGGGAGCUGCAUCGCGAUGCUGCGUGCAUGGGGAGAGCGGGGCAGAGCAGGUCUCUGGCUCGCUCCUUCGAUUACGGCCUCCAGGAGCAGCCCCCCAAGCGCUCCUGGAGCCAGUCGGACAUGAAAACCAUCCGCUUCCCCUUCGGCUCCGAGUUCCGGCCGCUGGGGCCGUGCCCCGCGCUGAGCAGCAGGAAAGGGGGAGCCUUCUGGCCCGUGCCUGCGCCGCGGGGGCCGGGGCCGAGGCGCUCCACGGAGCGGUACCUGGGCAGCAGCACCGAGUCCAGCGACUCCGACCCCGAGCUCCUGCCCUCCGAGCACUGCUCCCUGUACGGCCGCGUGCUGCGGGCGCCCAUGGCCCGCGUGAGGCUGAGCUCCGGCAGCCUGCAGCUGGAUGAGGAGGAGGAGGAGGAGGAGGAGAUGCCCUUCGGCAGCCGCGCUGCGGGGGACAGGACGUGCAGGGCCCGGUACUUCACUUAG